AUGGUAGACAACAGUUCUCCUCGUGUUCGAAAAGUUGGUGGUGUUCGAUUCACUGUCGAUGCACCAGAUUCAUCAAAUAAACAUGAACAAAAUUCACUUAAGACCACUGAAUUACAGUGGGACCAAUGUUGUAAUAAUGAAUGCUCGUUUGAUCUAUAUUUUGGUAUUUUGAAACUGUCUCAUAGUUAUACAAUGACAAUGGAUGUGGUUUUUCAUCAAGCUCCUAUCAAACUAGAGGCCAUUGUCGAUCAUCAACAUAUAGGUGGAUUGCAACUAUUGGUGACUGAACUUUCACAAUCUCAGUCCGAAAAUCAAACCAAUUUUCAAGUUGAAGUCGUAAUUAAUCCAGAAACUAUACCUGGACAUUUUCAUCGAACAUUUUUAUUGAGAGAAACAUCGACAUCGCAACAAAGAUCUGUUAUAGUAAAUGUUCGUGGAAAAAUAUUGCGUGAAGGUCAAGGAACAGCAACAUUGAAACAUGAUGUCCAUAUGAAAUCAAUUAUAACAAAAGCAAAAGAGGACGAAGAAUGA